AUGACGACUGACUUAGUACAUAGUGAGAAUGUAGCUUUGAACCAAGCGGCUCAAACGCAGGUUGAAGACAAUACCUUGACAAAUUGGCAGACAAUCAAGAAGUAUCCUUAUGCUGUAUACUGCUGUUUUGUUGUCAUCUGGAUGUUUGUUUUGUGUUCUUUCGAGAACCAAGCUGGCGGAAUCGUGGUCUCGAUUCCCGAGUUCAGAAAGAAUUUUGGUCAUCCCUACACCACUUCCACCGGCGAAAUUGGAUACGUUAUUGAGGCUAGCUGGCAAUCCGCAUUUAGUGGAGUUCCAAUUGCUGCUGGAAUUGUUGGCCAGAAUGUUGGCUCGUUCCUGGCAGAUAGGGUCGGCAAGAAGUGGACUUUGUUCGCACAUGUCUUGCUUUCAGUGGCUUUUAUUGCAUUGGAAUUCGCAGCAACAAAUGUUCAGAUGUUUCUGGCCGGCAAGACUUUAAACGGUUACUGUGUAUGUCUGAUCCAAGCGGUUGGUGUUACUUAUGUUUCAGAAAUUGCUCCCUUGCGCCUUAGAGGUUUGGUUGUUUCUAUUUGCAAUGUGUCGUUUUGCAUUGGUCCUCUUGUCUGUUUUAUCAUCAACUAUUCUAUCUCUCAUAAGGAGUCUCCCUGGGCAUAUAAAGCAGUUUUUGCUUCACAAUGGGGGUUUGCAGCUGUCACCCUUCCGUUACUUUUCUUUCUCCCCGAAUCCCCAUGGUUUUAUGUUUUAAAAGGACGCAUUGACAAAGCAGAGCAGUGUUACAGAAAGUUACUCAAGGAUCCUGUCGCUGCUCACGAACAAGCUACGGUUGCUCAUGUGACAGUUCAACAGAAUGCAGAAUUUGAACGGAGUUCCUCUUAUAUUGAUUGCUUCAAAGGACGGGACAAAUGGAGAACUCUAAUAUCUGCCGUGCCACUCAUUAUCCAAAACAUGUCUGGUGUUUAUUUCACGUCCAAUUACACGACCUACUUCUUCGAGCUGGCAGGUUACGACACUGCAUCCUCGUUCAGACUCACCGUGGGAGCCCAAUGUUUAUCCAUAGGCGGCAAUAUCGCCGCCUGGUUUGUUGUUGACAGGUUUGGCAGGAGAGCUAAUCUACUGUGGGGAACCAUGCUAAUUUCGGUGACUGAUUUCAUCAUUGGAGGAGCCGGAUGUAGCCGCAACCCGAAAGCUGUAACUACAACUGUUGCGUUCAUGGUUCUUUACGGAUUUUGUUACAACUUGGGGGUUGGAGCAGUUGCAUAUCCAAUUGCUUCUGAAAAUGCUCGUUCCAGCUUGAGAAACAAAACAGUUUCCCUCUCUUUCUCAUUUCACAGCAUGAUUGGUAUGAUGUGGUCAUUUGUGUUGCCAUACAUCUUUAAUCCAGAUAAGGCCAAUCUUGGUGCGAAAACCAUGUUCAUUUUUGCGAGUAUAUCUGCACUUUUGACGAUCUACGUUUACUUCUUUCAAACAGAAACUGCGCACAGGUCUUUUGAGGAAAUUGAUGAGAUGUAUGAUAAAAAAGUUCCUUUCAGAAAAUUUCAAGACUACGAGACAGAAGUAUCCAAGAUUGGACAUGACCAGAUCGAUGGUGGGCGUGACGAGAAGGCUCUUGAGUCAGAGCAUUUGGAAACAGUCGACACUGGUGAAUCAGAUUAA